GAGACCGGAGAUUUCAUUCCUAGGGUUUUGCUGGAAGUCUUCGUCUCCCAAAACCUCCUCUCUCUCUCUCUCUCUCUCUCUCUCUCUCUAAUUCUUCACCAUGAGCAGGUCAGGUCAGCCUCCGGAUCUCAAAAAGUACAUGGACAAGAAGCUUCAAAUCAAGCUGAAUGCAAAUCGGAUGGUUGUUGGAACACUUCGUGGUUUUGACCAGUUCAUGAAUCUAGUGGUUGACAACACCGUAGAAGUGAAUGGCAAUGAAAAGAAUGAUAUUGGCAUGGUGGUGAUCCGGGGAAAUAGUGUGGUUACUGUUGAAGCACUUGAGCCAGUGGCCAAAAAUAUGCAGUGAUUCUGGCCUUGGGCUAUUUUGGAUUGGAUGUAUUCUGUGUUGGUAUGUAGUUUGGACAUAUAGCUGCUUGUAUGCAAAGGAAAUUUGUGAAAGUUUGGGCCUUAUGGUGGUUAGGUGAUUUCUAGAUUCCCCUUUUCAGGAGAUUUAUGAGCAAAAUGUACUUGUAUUGGUUCAUAUGGAAUAUCAGUUCGUUGACUUGGUAUGAUAUGCAAUGUAAUGGUCAGCCGGAAUGCGAAUUAUAAGGUUUCCAUUGCUAAUGUCCAUGCUUUGUUAAUUUGGAU